CAGAGCAGCCUCACAGCCCUGCGACCAGCUGAGUUAGACUUCACUUUUCAUUAUUAACUGACUACAAGUCGCACCUGUUUCGCCACUAAAGGAGGUUUGACUGACUUAACUUUUUUAGUUCUUUGAGCAGAAAACCACGUUGCGCAUCAGAGCUUCUGCGUCCUCUUGGAGACUCUGAUUUGUUCCCAACAGACUUCUGACUUUUGUGCAUCUUUUAUUUUUUUCUUUUGCUCCUUUUGGCGGCGAUUUAAACUACACAAGCAGAUAUCAAGGUGAAUUACGGCUUGAGGAUUGCACACACACCACUGAGGAUCGGCAGUUGUCAGUACAGCCAUCACAGUGAUGAUGAUGAUGAUUCAUUGCCUCCAAACUCUGCUGUUGAUGGGGGCUCAGCUGAUCCUCUCUGGUUCAGCCCUGACUGCCCCCACAAGCCCAAACAACUUCUUCUACCACGACUUCCUCAGUGGAAAUGCCAACAAAGAAAUUCAUUUCAGUGGUGUGAGGCUCCAUGUGGACUCUGCUCAGUCUGCAGUGUUUGCGGUCAGAGGGGGUAACACCACCUUGCCGUGCAGGUUUUGGUACGAGCCUGAGCUGAGCUCGCAGAGGGAGGUCCGGGUGAAGUGGUCCUGGCUGCCUAAUGCUGGGGGACACGAGACGGACGUGCUGGUGGCUAUUGGCUCACGCAGUCGAAGUUUUGGGCAGUUCAGCGGUCGUGUGCUGCUCAGGCAGGAUUUCCCAGGAGAUGCUGCACUCGUGAUGACUGAGCUGCAGUUGAACGAUACAGGCCGCUACCGCUGCGAGGUGGUGGACGGGCUGGAGGACAGGAGCACUUUAGUUCAUCUGGACUUACAAGGUGUGGUGUUUCCCUACCAGCACCCUCGUGGUCACUACCACCUGAGCUUCCUGGGUGCCCAGCAGGCCUGCGAGGAGCAGGACGCCACACUGGCCACCUUCACACAGCUCUUCCAGGCCUGGAAGGAGGGCCUGAACUGGUGCAACGCAGGCUGGCUGGCUGAUGGGACAGUCCAGUACCCCAUCACCCGGCCCAGAGUGCCCUGCGGGGGCCGUGGUCUCGCCCCGGGGGUCCGGAGCUACGGCAGACGACACUUGCACCUUCAUCGUUACGAUGUCUUCUGCUUCUCCUCUUCACUCCGAGGGAGAGUCUACUAUCUUCAGCCCUCUCACAAGAUGAAUCUGACUGAGGCUCAGCGGGCGUGUCAGCAGUACGGAGCAGAGAUCGCAAAAGUCGGACAGCUCUACGCUGCCUGGAAAUUCAGAGGGCUGGACUACUGUGACGCUGGCUGGCUGGCCGACGGAAGUGUCCGGUAUCCCAUCACCAGGCCAAGAAGAAACUGUGGUCCCUCUGAGCCGGGGGUGCGCAGCUUUGGCUUCCCAAAUCCUCAGCACAAGCAUGGAGUCUACUGCUACAAGUCACAUGGUGAAUGAAAUGAAAUCCUUCUUCUUCUGCAGGGUCAGAAAUGUAAAGCUGACUCAGAUUUCUUUGAAAUAUGUCUCCUCCAUUCCUACUUUAUACUCAUACCUUUCUUUUUUUCAUUGGAGGUGUCAUUUUGCAUCUUCACAACUCAAAAAUCUACUAAAUUUACUAAAACUCUGUCUUGCCAUUUCUGACAAAAGCUACUAAAAUUUGCAUUUUCAGAACAAUAUUUGUACUUGGGCUUGUAAUCAGCUGUCAAAGACCAUGACAUGCAAUUCAAAGUUCAGAGGAAGUAGACUUUGAGUUUCUGGAUUUUGUUACUGGCAGUUCAGACAUAUAACUGUGUGCCUCGGGUGAUUUUCACAGUAAGGUGCCUGUUUGGAGUUUUGCAUCAAUGGAAGUAUAACUGGUCUCUGUCUCUUAAAGAACAAACAAACGUAUAAAUAAAUAUAAUAAAAUAAAAAUAAAAAAUGUAUAGAAAAAUAAAAAUCCUGCAUUUAAAACUGAAAAAA